AUGAGUUUCGCGGGCAUGUUAAGCAAGCUGCAAGGCCAGCCUGAUAGCUACGAUAAGAAGUCCCAAUAUCGAUUCGGAAAGACCCUCGGAGCGGGCACCUAUGGAAUCGUAAGAGAAGCCGAGUACCAAGGGGACAAAUGUGCUGUCAAGAUCAUCCUCAAGAAAAGUGUUAAGGGCAAUGAACAAAUGGUCUACGAUGAAUUGAGGAUGCUUCAAACACUGAGUCAUCCUCACAUCGUCAAAUUUCAAGAUUGGUUCGAGUCAAGGGACAAAUUCUAUAUCGUCACUCAACUUGCUACUGGUGGGGAGUUGUUCGAUCGAAUUUGUGACAAGGGCAAGUUCACUGAGAAGGAUGCCUCUCAGACAAUCAAGCAAGUACUGGAGGCGGUCGACUAUCUUCAUGCGAAAAAUAUUGUUCACAGAGAUCUGAAACCCGAAAAUCUAUUGUACCUCACGCGCGACCCCGACUCGCAGUUGGUCCUUGCCGACUUCGGCAUCGCCAAAACUCUCGAUAGCCCAGGUGCUGUACUCACGUCAAUGGCCGGCUCAUUUGGAUAUGCCGCUCCAGAAGUCAUGCUCAAGCAAGGUCACGGAAAAGCGGUCGAUAUGUGGUCAAUGGGUGUCAUCACAUACACUUUACUUUGUGGCUACUCUCCAUUCCGCUCGGAGAACCUUCCAGAUCUCGUGGAUGAAUGCAAGAGCGGACGAAUCAUAUUCCACGAGAGAUAUUGGAAAGAUGUCAGCAAAGAUGCCAAAGAAUUCAUUCUUACCCUGUUACAGCCGGAACCCAAACGAAGGGCCACCAGCAGAGACGCUCUCAAACAUAUUUGGCUUACUGGUGAGACUGCUUCAGACCACGAUCUCCUACCAGAGAUCAGAGCCUAUCUUGCAAAGGCAAAAUUGAAGCGUGGUAUCGAAUUGGUCAAACUUGGCAAUCGUAUCGAUGCUCUGAAGAUACAGGAGGAUAUCCCAGAACCUGGUUCACCCGACGAAGGUGACAUCCCCUCAAAUGCUCAAAACGCCGCAGGCCUUGCUGUGAAAGAGCAUAUCAGAGGUGUUUCACCAGGUCGAGGACUCACUACCGACGAAUCUUCUGAAAAGAGGCGGCUUAGUAGUGCUGCCAAGAGUGCAAUAUUCAGAGAAGUGGUACUCGCCAAAGUCCGUGAGAUGAAAGACAAGGAACAAUCCGACAAAUUGGUCGCAGAGGUUACGAAAGAGCAUGAAAGAAGAAAGAGUUUCUCAGGACCGGCACCCAAGUAG